GCUUCCAACAACAAGCAGAAGCCAGCAACAUGGCCGACCUAGGAAAGAAGUACUGCGUAAACUGCCUUGCAGACGUUACGAAUCUGCGGCUUCGCUGUACUGACUGUCCAGAUAUCGAACUUUGUCCGGAGUGCUUCUCCGCGGGUGCAGAAAUCGGUAAUCACCGGCGAUGGCACGGUUAUCAGCAAGUCGACGGCGGGCGCUUCACCCUCUGGGGUCCCGAAGCGGAGGGAGGAUGGACUAGCAGGGAAGAGCAGUCGCUCCUCGACGCGAUCGAGCAAUAUGGCUUUGGAAACUGGGAGGACAUGGCCACUCAUGUAGGGGCAUCUCGGACCCCCCAGGAUGUCAUGGACCACUACGUCGGCAUGUACAUCCAUGGCAACCUGGGAAAGGCCUGCGUCCCCGACAGCAUCCCCAACCGGGUGACGGAUCACACCUGCCCCAGCGGCGGCCCCCUGUCCCCUAGCCUCACCACCCCCCUGCCUCCCCUGGAUGUGACCCUGGGCGAGCAGCAACAGCUGGGCUACAUGCCGCUCCGCGACGACUAUGAGAUGGAGUACGACCAGGAGGCGGAGAAGCUCAUCAGUGGCCUGUCGGUCAACUACGACGAUGAAGACGUGGAGAUCGAGAUGAAGCGCGCGCACGUGGACAUGUACGUGCGCAAGCUCCGCGAGCGCCAGCGCCGCAAAAAUGUGGCCCGCGACUACAACCUGGUGCCCGUCUUCCUAGGCCGCGACAAGAAGGAGAAGCAAAGCACGCUGGGAGUUGUAGGUGGUGGUGGUGUCGUCGUCGGAGCGGUGGGGAGCCUUCCGACGCCAACCACUCCUGCGGUGACACCGGGGGCUCCAGCCGUCCCGACGGCGCCGAAGCGUAAGAUCCCCAAGGAGGAGAAGGAGCAGCGGGUCAAGUUACGGGGGAUGUGCCAGUUCAUGGCUCAGCGGGAGUUUGAGGACUUGUUCCACAACAUGCACAAGGAGCGCGUGCUACGCGCCAAAGUACGGGAGCUGCAGCGCUACCGUCGCAACGGCAUCGCGCGACUGGACGAGGCGGCCGAGUACGAGGCGGCAAGGCACAAACGGGAGAAACGCAAGGAGAACAAGAGCGUAGCUACCUCGAAAACGGGCCGGGGCGGAGGGACAGGAGGAGGGCUUGGCGGAGGGACAGGAGGUGGCGGAGUGGGAGGUGGUGUCAUCAAAGAGGAGGGCAAGGAUGGCGAGUUCCCGGCCAUAGAGAACCUGGCGGGCUUCGAGCUGCUGUCAGACCGGGAGAAGGUGCUGUGCAAUUCACUUAACCUCAGCCCCACGCGCUACCUGACUGUCAAGACAAUCAUAAUCAAGGACCACCUGCAGAAGAGCCAGGGCAUUCCCUCCAAGAGCCGGCUGCCCAGCUACCUAGACAAGGUGCUCAAGAAACGCAUCCUCAGCUUCCUCACAGAGAGCGGCUGGAUAUCCCGGGACACAUCCUAACAAUCCAUUGGGUUUGUAGGGACUGGGACACAUCCUGACAGUCUAUUGGGUUUGUAGGGACUGGGACACAUCCUAACAGUCCAUUGGGUUUGUAGGGACUGGGACACAUCCUACCAAUCUAUUGGGUUUGUAGGGACUGGGACACAUCCUAACAGUCUAUUGGGUUUGUAGGGACUGGGACACAUCCUAACAAUCUAUUGGGUUUGUAGGGACUGGGACACAUCCUAACAAUCUAUUGGGUUUGUAGGGACUGGGACACAUCCUAACAAUCCAUUGGGUUUGUAGGGACUGGGACACAUCCUACCAAUCUAUUGGGUUUGUAGGGACUGGGACACAUCCUAACAGUCUAUUGGGUUUGUAGGGACUGGGACACAUCCUAACAAUCCAUUGGGUUUGUAGGGACUGGGACACAUCCUAACAAUCUAUUGGGUUUGUAGGGACUGGGACACAUCCUGACAGUCUAUUGGGUUUGUAGGGACUGGGACACAUCCUAACAAUCCAUUGGGUUUGUAGGGACUGGGACACAUCCUAACAAUCUAUUGGGUUUGUAGGGACUGGGACACAUCCUAACAGUCCAUUGGGUUUGUAGGGACUGGGACACAUCCUAACAAUCUAUUGGGUUUGUAGGGACUGGGACACAUCCUAACAAUCUAUUGGGUUUGUAGGGACUGGGACACAUCCUAACAAUCUAUUGGGUUUGUAGGGACUGGGACACAUCCUAAAAGUCCAUUGGGUUUGUAGGGACUGGGACACAUCCUAACAGUCCAUUGGGUUUGUAGGGACUGGGACACAUCCUAACAGUCCAUUGGGUUUGUAGGGACUGGGACACAUCCUGACAGUCCAUUGGGUUUGUAGGGACUGGGACACAUCCUAACAAUCUAUUGGGUUUGUAGGGACUGGGACACAUCCUAACAGUCCAUUGGGCUUGUAGGGACUGGGACACAUCCUAACAAUCCAUUGGGUUUGUAGGGACUGGGACACAUCCUAACAAUCUAUUGGGUUUGUAGGGACUGGGACACAUCCUAACAGUCCAUUGGGUUUGUAGGGACUGGGACACAUCCUAACAGUCCAUUGGGUUUGUAGGGACUGGGACACAUCCUGACAGUCCAUUGGGUUUGUAGGGACUGGGACACAUCCUAACAAUCUAUUGGGUUUGUAGGGACUGGGACACAUCCUAACAAUCCAUUGGGUUUGUAGGGACUGGGACACAUCCUAACAAUCUAUUGGGUUUGUAGGGACUGGGACACAUCCUAACAAUGUGUAUGGAGUUUGUGGGGACUAAGGAUUGCAGAGGGACAAUGACUCUUGUUCUCUGUUGGAUUGUUGCGUCUCUGUGUCUUGUUAUAAACAAUGUGAGAUGUGUCGUAAGCUCCAGAUUGGACCAAGCUGAAUUUUACCACCUUUUGUCAAGUUCUGACCCAAGUCGUCAACCACCGGACUGUUUGUGAAUAUGUACAUUGCAAAAGAUUUCCUCUUUCUUAAAAAAAAAGUUUGGAUACCAUUUACAGAACGUGGAACAAAUAUAUAUUUUUGUAUUUGCAUCCAUAUGAAUGAUAAUGUAUGGGUAGAUGAUACAUUCUCUUUAUUGCAGUGAAGGAUCACCUAAUACUACUGGGAAAACCAGACAACACUGUUUUUCAAAGCAGUUCUCAAAGUAUAAAUAGUUGUGUAGAUUGUCUCCAGCUUCCUGUUAGUAUGGUCCCAGAUCAGUUUUGUGCCAUCUUGCCAACUCCUAUGGUCAUUGGCAAGACGAUACAAACAGAUCUGGGACCAGGCUAGCCUCCUUUUAGGUUAGGAUGUUGUCUUGGAGAGCACAGGUUAGUGCCUAUUCAAACAGCAAUACAGCCGCACUGUGUUGGAAAGCAGGGGUUAUCAUCAUCGUUCUUACCAUGAAGAGAUGGCCUGCUAAGCAUAGAGGGGUCAGUAUUUGGCAGCUAACGCUUUCAUAAAGCACUGCGGUAAUCCCCAUUAUGACGCUGUAGCUUUGUGGUGUGUCAGGCUCAGAAAGUGGCACUGUGAGGGGAGUAGAUGAGCCUGACUCCUCCAUACUAUUCUGUUCCAUGCGUUGCAUGUUUUCUGAUUCCAGUAGGCUAUUCACUCUACUCGACUUCUAAAGAAAAUAAAAAGCUUUAAAUAUCGGCAUUAACCAAUGAAUGACAUGCGAUCCUAAAGCACAAAUCAAAAAUGUUGCAUAUCUAUUUUGUUCACCACCGGUUAAGUUUGCCUGUCCAUUGUUUGGAGGGGAGUUGUGGGGUUAACGGUGCUUCGUCCUGCCAGACUGGUUUUAGCCUCUUCAUGAAUACGCGCUGCAUGAUUAUUGUAUUGUGACUCGUUGCUUGCUAUUUAGUUUGCUACUGUUCCAUCUAUUCAAAGGGAAUUAAGUCAUUGUUAAAAAAAGAAAGAUAUACCUGCUACAUUUGCUCCAUCAAUCUUCCUGGUUCAUUGUUUUACAGUCACAUUGUUCAAUUAAGGCUAGUGCAGUGGUUCUCAAAGUGGGGGUUGUGAAACUGAAUGGGGAAAAUACCUGUUGUUGUUGAUGUUUAGAACCACUGGGUUAGUGUUCACAUAUGGCCUUGCAAGCACACUAUCAAAAGGGCAGAAAUAUUCUGGUAGAAGAGAAAAAGGACGACUGCCACAGUUGGUUUUAGACAUGGUUUUCCAUUAUGUGAAAUGUUUGUUCCAAGCACGGGUGCUUUAAAAUGUCCCGUGGCACCUUCUCCCUCCGAUGUCCAGUUCGCCUGUUUUAAACGGAGGUGAACUUCAGUAGAGAUGUGGGUGGGUUGUAUAGAAACAGUAUUACAUUAGACACUGUGAAAUAAUGUUGUGACUGCAUUUGUAUAGGCCUUAAUAUUAGCAUUCCAUCAUAGUACAUUUACCAUACCACAGAGGAAAUAAAAAUGCUAUAUUUUUCUUCACCAUAAGCCUCUGAGUAUCCGGACACUGACAAGGCCCCUUGGUUCUCCCAUCAUCUUCUUGAAGAUUUUUAUUUUUGUCCCAACAACUGGCGUAGUUCACAAUCAAAGACUACAUAUCUCCUUAUCUGGUUUAAGGCGAAAACAACUGUUCAAGGGUGUUAGUAUGUUCUGUAUUAAAAAUGAAAAUCCUUUAUACUG